AUGGCCUCAAUUGCGCGUUCCUCUCUGCUUAGGCAGACCGCUAUGGCUUCUCGAUUGGCCGCUGCCCCCGCGACCCGAAGCGCCUUCAUGCCUAGCAUCCGUACUCAGCUUAAGGGUGUUGCGGCUUUCCACAACACUACUCGACGAUCUGCUAUUCUCCCACCUGGACCUCAGCGCAUUCAGGGUAGUGUCAACGACCCUGCUCCCAUCCCCGAUCCCAACUCCGCCCACGGAUCCUACCACUGGACAUUCGAGCGUCUCCUCGCCGCCGGCCUCAUCCCCUUGACCGUCGCUCCCUUCGCCGCUGGCUCUCUCAACCCUACUCUCGACGCCAUCCUCUGCAGCGUUCUCCUCCUCCACUCCCACAUGGGCUUCCAGCAGGUUGUUAUCGACUACAUCCCCACAAGGACUCACCCUGGCCUCCGCAAGGUCUUCACCUGGCUCCUCAACGCCGCCACAGUGCUUGUCGGUGUUGGUCUGUACGAGUUCGAGACCAACGACGUUGGUAUCACUGAGGCUGUUAGACGGGUCUGGAAGGCGUAG